AAGAAUUUAACCUUUUAAACUCAUCCAGCAGGGGGCGCAAAGUGUUCGUUGCGCUCCUGCAUGAAAACAGGAAGUUGCGCUGAAAGAGACUGUAGUCAACGACGCCAAUGUUACACGACUUGUAUUGUAACUGGUGAAAGGGGUGUGAAAACUAAGCGCCCUUAAAUAGCAAGUAACGCAGUUUCUCGCGUUUUAAUGAAGCUGGAACAGUUUGGUUAUGAGGACCAUGGAAAUCGCUGAUCAAAACACCGCACACGAGUCCAGAGAUGACCAUCACUGGGUGGAGGAACUCUUCCCUCCUCGUUUCACUUUCCAAAACCUGCUGGAAAGCCAGACUGACACAAACGAACAACGCAGCAGCUCAAUAAAACCACCUUCAACCCUCUCCACGGACCUGGGUGAACCCCAAAGGAGCCACAGGAGGGAGAUAUACCUGAAAGCUUUGAAAGAGGUCCAGCAAACCGAGCGGCUGCUUCAGAAGGAAGCCCUAGCAAAGAGAAUUAUUAGGCCUGUCGAAAGGGAGACCUCUGAAAAUCGUCCCGACCAGGGCGAGAGUGCAGGACAGAGGUGCAUUUGGAAUGAGAAGGACAUCACCAAACUGCGGGCCGGUUUUGAAGAAGUUGAGAGGGACAGAUGGCGACUAAAGCGACAGCUCAGUCGUUCAGAGCAGCAGCUUAAAGCAGAACACGAGGAAAGGAUGAAGCUGCAAGGCCUGGUGGAGAAGCUGGAGGAACAGUUAAGCCUUUCCAAAAAAAGGGCUGCACGUCAGGCCCUCAUGAUAGAUGAUCUGAAGUCAGAGAGCCAAAAAAUGAAUGUUCGGUUAUAUAAUCUGACUGUACAGGUCAGGGAAACGGAAGAAGAGGCGGACAGGUGGAAGACAAGUCUGAGGAAAGCAAAGGAGGACAUGCAGCAGAUAGCGCAGGAGCGCUCCGACCUCGCACGGGAACUGGAAAGAGCGCACGCGCAAUGGAAAUCUGAAGGAGACAGACUGGAAAAAGCGGCUCGGAUAGAAAAUGAGGCUGUGCUCCUGAGGCUUCGGAGGGAGGUGGAGCAGAACCGGGCUCACCUGUGCGCAGAGAGAGAGAGUCACGCACAGAGCCGCACAGCCCUCGAGCUCUUACGGAGACACUUUAGCAGCCAAUGA